GAACCUCGGCCCGCGCGCCUUCUACUCCUCAGCCGCGGCCUCCUCGUGCGCACCCGCGGCCCCCAGCAUGUCGGCGGCGGCGGCCCCCGCUGCAGAGGGAGAGGACGCCCCGGCGCAGCCCGCGUCCGAGAAGGAGCCCGAAAUGCCGGGCGCCAGGGACGAGAGUGAGGAGGAGGAGGAGGAGGAAGAGGACGACGACGAGGACGAGGAGGAAGAAAAAGAAAAGAGCCUCAUUGUGGAAGGCAAGAGAGAAAAGAAGAAAGUAGAGAGAUUGACAAUGCAAGUGUCUUCCUUACAAAGAGAGCCAUUUACAAUUGAACAAGGGAAGGGUCAGAAACUAUGUGAAAUUGAAAGGAUACAUUUCUUUCUGAGUAAGAAAAAAACAGAUGAACUUAGAAAUCUACACAAACUGCUUUACAACAGACCAGGCACAGUUUCCUCAUUAAAGAAGAAUGUGGGUCAGUUCAGUGGCUUUCCAUUUGAAAAAGGCAGUACCCAAUAUAAAAAGAAGGAAGAAAUGCUGAAAAAGUUUAGGAAUGCGAUGCUAAAGAGCAUCUGUGAGGUUCUUGAUUUAGAGAGAUCAGGCGUGAACAGCAAACUAGUGAAGAGGAUCUUGAAUUUCUUAAUGCAUCCAAAGCCUUCCGGCAAACCAUUGCCAAAACCCAAAAAAUCCUCAAGCAAAGGUAGUAAAAAGGAACGGAACAGUUCUGGAACAACAAGGAAGUCAAAGCAAACCAAAUGUCCUGAAAUUCUGUCAGAUGAAUCUAGUAGUGAUGAAGAUGAGAAGAAAAAUAAGGAAGAGUCUUCAGAAGAUGAAGAGAAAGAAAGUGAAGAGGAGCAACCACCAAAAAAGACAUCUAAAAAAGAAAAAGCAAAACAGAAAGCUGCUGCUAAAAGUAAAAAGUCUGUAAAAAGUGCUAAUGUUAAGAAGGCAGAUAGCAGCACCACCAAGAAGAAUCAAAACAGUUCCAAAAAAGAAUCUGAAUCUGAAGAUAGUUCUGAUGAUGAACCAUUAAUUAAAAAAUUGAAAAAACCACCUACAGAUGAAGAGUUAAAGGAAACAGUGAAGAAAUUACUGGCUGAUGCUAACUUGGAGGAAGUCACAAUGAAGCAGAUUUGCAAAGAGGUAUAUGAAAAUUAUCCUGCUUAUGAUUUAACUGAGAGGAAAGAUUUCAUUAAAACAACUGUAAAAGAGCCUGGAGAAACUGCUGCUAGUCUCCUGGGAGAAAGUCUUCACAAGUCUUCCUUCUGCCAGUGGUUUCCGUGGCUUCUAGUACUACCAUAGCAACACACCAGUCCCUUACCACGACCAAAGGCAGAGCUGCUGCACAGCCAGUUGCUUACAUUGUGGUAGUGUUUAGGAAGAAGAUGCUGGCCAGGUUCCACGGUGAGAACUCCUGUGUUGAUGAGGCCUUUCCUCGUCAUAAAGUAAAGAAUCCUCUCUACUUCCUGGACACAUCGAAUGCGCACAAGGCCCCGGACGAUAAUGUGGGGAAUGCACUUCUGAGGAGUAAGAGCUUCCUGUAUUUACAACAAAACCAAAACCAACAGCAAAAAAGUAAGUCACCCAAUUUAAAAACAAAAAAAAUCUAAAAAACAAAAACUAGGGCUAAAAGUUUAUUUUUACAUUUUGUUGUUGAGAGAGGUUCCCACUUUGUAGCUCUAGCUGGCCUGGAACUCAUUAUGUAGACCAGGCUGGCCUUGAACUCCCAGAGAUCUGCUGGCCUCUGCCUCCUGAGGGCUGGGAUUUAAAGGUGUGUGUCACCAUGAGCUGGCUAGUUGGCUUUCUUUAAACCUAGCAUUCCUGCUCCCCCGCUUCCGGUUUACCUUCUGUCUUUUCAAGCACAUGCUAUGUCGAUGCCCUAAAUAUUUAUGCAGUCCUACAGAGUUAAAAGCACUGAGCUUGCUUGGCUAGGGACAGAGCUUAUAAUCCCCUUUUUGAUUGCUUUCUGCCUUCCUGGCAACACCCCAUUCUUUGAACCAAGCCUUGCACCUUCUCAUGCACUGUCUCAUUCUGACUCCAUAUGGUCCAAAGCUGUUCUCAACAGGGGCUGACCCUGUCUCUACUUGAAAAUGCCUAGACUCAUACAGAUGAAGCAUCUCUAAUUAGAGAACACGCAAUCUGAAAUCUUCCAAAUUCUGAGUGCAAACAGAAUCCUUAAAAGUCUCAGACCUCAGAGCAUUGGAAGGCUUUCUGGACUGGGAUGUACAGCUGGGGAAGCCUAUUCAAGUACUCCAAAUUUCUUUUUUAAUUCCAAAAGCUGAGGUCACUUCUGGUCCCAAGUGUUUCAGAUAAGAAGUUGUCAACAUGUAUGUAUUCAAUUGUCAACAUGGAAGUGGUACUCGAGUCUCCAGAGCAGAGGCCAGGGAUACAGCAAAUAUACUACUGUGUGUACAGAACAGCCCUCCU